GGGUUUCCUGAGCUUCACAGACCUCGUCCCACCCUAAUCUCACACAGGCUACAUAAUGAGACAGCAGCUCAGCCUCUGAGUGAAAACAUCUUGGGGCAUCACAGCAGCUUUGAGUUCAACAAGACAUGUUUUCAUACUGGAAAUCAGUAAUAUUGGGGAAAGAAGUACAAAGAGAAGAGAUCAAUCAACCACCACCUCUCUUGGAUACACCAUGGAGAGAGUUGAAGUUCACUAAAGAAGUAAGGACUGAACUCUUCGAGGACAUCAAGAAAUACACAACAAAGACUGAUGACGUGGAACAGCCCAGAAUCCUGCUUAUUGGGCAGAUUAAAGCUGGAAAAAGCAGCUUCUUCAACUCUGUUAAUUCCGUCUUCAAAGGAUAUCCAGUAUUCCAGGCCACAGUACGUGAAACAGGAGGAAGUAUGACUAAACAUUGCAGAACAUAUCGAGUUUAUGACUCAAAUGAUGAGAAGCUGCCAUUUACCUUUUGUGACAUCAUGGGCCUGGAGCCAUAUAAUGACAAAGGAAUUAUUGUUAAAGAUAUCAUCAAUGUGAUUAAAGGAUACAUCCCAGAUAAUUAUAAGUUUGAUCCCACGGAAGCCAAGGAAAUUUGUAUGACUUGCACAGAGCAGCCCAGUCUGGCAGAUAAGGUGCACUGCAUUGUCUACGUCAUUGAUGCCAAUGCGGUAAGCCUUUGGAAUAAUGAACUGCAAAAUAAGUUUGAAGAAAUCCUUGAAGAAGCCCACAGGCUUGGGAUUCCCCAGCUGGUGAUGCUCACUAAGGUGGACCUCGCCUGCAACUUCGUUAAGGAAGAUCUGACCAAAGUAUAUCAAAGCCGCUACAUUCAGGAGCUAGCAAUAAAAGUGAGUCAAAUGGUGGGUGUCCCAGUUUCCAGUGUUUUACCAGUGAGAAACUACUGGUUUGAGACAGAUCUGAACAUGAAGGUGGACAUCCUGAUCCUGAAAGCCCUGCAGACAAUCCUAAGACAAGCUGGUGCCUUCUUUGAUGAGGUAAAGCAGAGAGGAAACAGCAGAGAAGCACCUCCUUUAAACUGUGAAGGAAUUUCAUGCAACAUAUCAAAUUCAUAAAAUAAGGACUCAGCCAUAACAGGGAAAAUAUGAGUUGAAAUUUACUGUAUAUGAAAUGCUAAAUGCCAUAAAACAUCAAGUUAAAAACAUACUCAAGGGAUGUUAAGGUAAGCUUUGGUUUUAGGUUCAUGUCACUCUCUCUCUUAAAACAUAUUCAACAGUGCAAAUGUCUCACUCUUGUCUUAUAUACAAAUACAGAAAGUAUACAAAGCACAACAAAAAUGUUUAGUGCUAAUCUGAGCUUCAGCUUUAGUGUUUGCUAUUCCUCAUGCAUCUCCAUGUGAUUUUUCUCUGGGCACAACAUAUGCAUGUGCAAGUUGAGAUUAAAAGUUGUGUAAAGUUCUCCUGUUCACUUUGCCACUUGUUCAUUUAUGUGUUUGUGUUUCUUUAUGUGAAGGAAAACAUCCUAAUGUCUGAGUAAAUUUGACUUUUCAAUCAUGUUUCUGUGUUCUUAUCAAACUCAUUUUAAAGUAACAAGUGGGAUUCACUAAACUAAUCCCCUUUAUAAAUGUAAACACUUCAAUCAUGUCACCUCUUAAUAUCUGUUUGCUUACAGGAGUACUCCACCCAACAACCAUACUUUGUUUAAAUGUUAUUUACCCCAU